CCGGGAAAUGAGAUUACCAGACAAAAAUACUAGUACUACCAUUGUUUUUGAAUUUAAUCCACCAAUGAACAAAAAUGAGCCUGAAAUUAGGGGAUAUCGUUGCGCCCACCUACACUAGGCGGUUUGUAUAUGGGCCAAGAAAGCGGGGGCGCUGAGCUGAGAUAGCGAAGGGCCAGGGCAUGGCGCAUGCAAUCACCCGAUCCAUCUCCAUGCCCGUCUGUUCCACCUCUAUCUCCCUCCCUCUCAACCGAUCUCCCCCCUCUCCACCCCCAAAUCGCACAGCCCUAACAGGAACUAAUCUCUCCCAAAUCCCAGCCCUAGCAAUUGCCUCCCAAUGGUGGCAGCAGCCCAAGCGUGAAGCGGCAGGCCUGAUCGACCUUCUCCCAAAACUUGCUCUCGCUCCUCCAGUUAAAUCAUGACUGCGCAGCCAAAGAAGAAAACUGUAGUGGAAAGUGGUGAUGGAGGUCUUGGUCUGGGCCUCGCUGCGUUUAUUGCCAAUGGCGAGGAUUUGGGUCCCAUCAUCCGGCACGGAUUCGAGUCUGGCAAACCUGAAGCCCUCACACAUAACCUCAAAAAUAUCGGGAAGAAGAAAGAAGUUGAGAUCGAAGAGCUAUGCAGGCUUCACUAUGAGGAUUUCAUCCUUGCCGUCGACGAAUUGCGUGGUGUGUUGGUCGAUGCCGAGGAGCUAAAGAGCUUGUUGUCUGGUGAGAACUCCCACCUACAGGAUGUUUCUACUGCCCUGCUGCUGAAGCUUGACGAGCUCCUUGAGUUAUAUUCAGUUAAGAAAAAUGUAGGCGAGGCCAUGACGAAAUUGAAGAUAUGUGUCAAGGUCAUUGGCCUGUGCAUUGAAUGCAACGGUUACAUCGCAGAGGCUAAGUUUCGUCCUGCACUCAAGACUUUGGACUUGAUUAAGGGCUGCCUGCAAAAUAUUCCUGUCAAGCUUCUUAAAAAGGUAGUUGGGAGACAGAUACCGUUGAUAAAGUUGCACAUUGAGAAGAAAGUUUGUAGCGAGUUCAAUGAUUGGCUUGUUCAUAUCAGAAGAAUGGCUAAGCAGAUCGGGCAGGUCUCAAUAGGCCAGGCCUCUUUGGCUCGCCAAAAAGAUGAGGGAAUGCGUGCUCGGCAGAGGGAGGCUGAAGAACAUAGCCAUGCUGGACCAGAUGAGCAUAUGUAUACCUUGGAUGUGGAGAAUACGGAUGAGGAAACAACACUAGAUUUUGAUCUCACGCCUGUGUAUCGAGCACACCACAUUCACAUAUGUCUCGGUAUUGGAGAGAAGUUUCGGGAUUAUUACUACAAGAACAGGCUCAUGCAACUCAACCUGGACAUGCAAAGUUCCACUUCACAGCCCUUCCUUGAGUCUCAUCAGCCCUUUCUUGCACAGGUAGCUGGGUUUUUUAUCGUUGAAGAACGUGUCCUGCGAACUGCAGAUGGAAUGCUGACUGAGAGCCAAGUCGAGUCAACAUGGGAGACGGCCAUUGCUAAGAUUACAGCUAUAUUAGAGAACCAGUUUUCUCGCAUGGUUAUGGCCAGCCACCUCCUCCUGAUAAAAGAUUAUAUCACUCUUCUAGCUGCAGUUCUAAAGAAGUAUGGUUAUCAAACCUUGCAACUGAUUGAAGUUCUUGAUAAAAGCAGGAACAAAUACCACCAACUGCUUCUUGCUGAGUGUCGGAAGCAGGUAGAUGAGGUCCUUGCUAAUGAUUCAUAUGAGCAGAUGGUUAUAAAGAAGGAAUACGAGUACAACAUGAAUGUCACAGCAUUUCAUCUAGAGCCAAGUGAAGUGACCCCAGACUUCCCAUACGUGGCACCAUUCUCCGCCUCUGUUCCGGAUGUCUGUCGUAUCGUCCGGUCCUUCGUUGAGGAUUCAGUCAACUACUUGUCCUAUGGUGGUGACAUGAACCUCUAUGACGUGGUGAAAGGUUACCUAGACAGGCUACUGAUUGAGGUAUUAAAUGACUGUCUUCUGAACAGGAUGUAUGCUCGCUCAUUGGCCAUGUCACAGAUGAUGCAACUCGCAGGAAAUAUAGCUGUUCUGGAGCAGGCUUGUGAUUUGUUCCUCUUACACUGUGCCCAACAGUGUGGCAUUCCCAAGCGCAUUGCUGAGAGGUCUCGUGCUAGUUUAACCGCUCGAGCUGUCCUUAAAGCUUCCCAGAAUGCAGCAUAUAAUGCUUUAAUAAACAUGGCCAACUCCAAGAUCGAUGAGUUUAUGAUGCUCUUGGACGACGUCAACUGGAUAGUAGAGGAAGCCCCAGACAAUGCAAAUGACUAUAUGAAUGAGGUUCUUAUUUAUCUUGAAACACUAGUAUCAACAGCUCAGGAGAUUUUACCACUAGAAGCUCUAUACAAGGUUGUUUCUGGUGCAGUGAGCCACAUCUCGGACUCUAUAAUGACAACCCUUCUCAAUGACGGUGUGAAAAGGUUCACUGCAAGUGCAGUUGUAGGCCUCGACAUGGACUUGAAUUUGUUGGAGGCAUUUGCAGAUGAAAAAUUUCACGUCACCGGGUUGGCAGAUUUGGGAAAGGAAACGACAUUCAGAGAUUGCGUGGUUGAGAUAAGGCAGCUUGUGAAUCUUCUGCUCAGCAGCCAGCCUGAGAACUUCAUGAAUCCAGUGAUACGGGGGAAGAACUAUGGAUCAUUGGACUACAAGAAGCUUGCAAUCAUCUGUGACAAGUUCAAGGACUCUGCAGACGGGCUGUUUGGGAGUCUUUCCAACCGUAACACAAAGCAGAGCGCUCGCAAGAAGUCUUUGGAUGUUUUGAAGAGAAGGCUGAAGGAUUUUGGCUAAAGUUCUCAUGCAGGCAUUCUUGAUCGAGAACGCAUCCCUGCUACCCUGACUGGAAGUGCACCAUCCCCGGCAAGAAUCUCACAUUCACAGGGGAAACCACCGAAGAAGUUUUCUUGGAAAAGAAAAGGAACACUGAAGAUGUAGCAUGGCUUUCUCUGUUUUUUCUCUCCUUUUGUUUUCCUUUAUCUGAUAUUCGCAAAAAAUAAAUGCCGCUUCCGCGGGCAGUAAUCUUAACCUGGAAAUAUCAUAAAACAGUGAUUAGUUAUUGAAUCCGUAUGGUUUCGUGAA